GUGGUAGUGCGAGGUCACCGCGUCCCGGAUUCCAUUCCAGGAGCCAUUAGGGGAUUCUGGAGUGUGGGGCUCGCCCGGUCUGCGGAUGCUCGCACCUAGUGUUCGCGGCGUGCUGGUAGUGUUCGGUAGGGUUGGGAUCCCUAUGCAGCGGACACUGGCUUCUCCAGGUGCCUCGGCACUCCGGGCCUGGAACUGUUGGCUGCUGCCGCCUCUCUCCUGUGAGCAGUCGCUGGGAGUGCGGAGUCGCGGACCGGCCUUAGAGUGGCUGGAGCCUAGAAUCCGAAGGGAAAGACAAAUUGUAUUGCACUUUGUAGUAAUGUCGGAGCAAGAGAUUUGAUCCCAGAUUUCGUUGUGCCACAGUCACACGUGGAACUUGUUGAAAAUCAUUUCCAGCAUGCUGCUGUCGAUAUAGCUGACAUGCCAGAUUUGGGCAGAGUGGACAAUGAGAGAGAGACUGAGAGAAAGGUCUUCCUUUUGCCGUUGGUUCACCCUCCAAUGGCCGCCAAGUUACCCUUCAGAAGGAUUUCAUAAACCAUUUCCUGGUCUAGAGAACACAGGAACAAUGGACACUGAAAGUGUUCCUUCAGAGAUCAUAGAAAAAGAACGAAAGACUUUGCUUGAAAUCCUCCAACAAGAUCCGGAUUCUAUCUUGGACAUGUUAACCUCUCGGAGACUGAUUUCUGAAGAAGAGUUUGAGACUUUGGAGAAUGUCACAGACCCCCUGAAGAAAAGUCGAAAGCUGUUAAUCUUGGUGCAGAAAAAAGGAGAAGUGAGCUGUCAGCAUUUUCUCAAAUGUUUAUUCAGUACUUUUCCAGAGUCAGCUGCUGUUUGGGGCUUAAGUCGUGAAUGUUUAAUGCAUGAGAAUAAUGCACCUCCUCAAUCCAUGGGGAAUGAUGCCUUUGCACUUGGAAAGAAUCCUGAGAACACAUUGUCCUUUAAAGAGAAGGAACUCUUGGAAUUGGAAACCUCUGGGAUUUUCAGAAACAAGAAAACUACAUGUAAGGAAACUGUUUUGUCUUUCAGUGAGAAUAAGAAAGAAAACAACACACUGAAAGUCUCAUUGCCAAAUUCAAUUGAAGAAGUUGAAUACAAAGUUCCAGCAACAAUUACCUAUUUAAAGGAUGGGCAGAGAUAUGAGGAGCCUGAUGAUUCCUUGUAUUUAGGGGAAGAGGAGUAUCUGGAAAUUGUUGGAUACCCUAAAGAUGCAGAACCCACUGUGGAAGAGAGGGAUUUUGAAGACCCAGGGCACAUUGUAUAUGAUGUGGAAGGGAACUCUGAGUAUUCAGAAGCUGUGGCGUUUUCUGAUGAAAAGCAGAGUGAUGAGGACUCAGAAACCAGCAUUUCACUGGAGGAGGAGGAGGAAAGUAUGGAAGAAAGAAAAAAGGUAUUUAAAGAUGUCCUGUCACAUUUGAACAUGGAUAGAAGCAGAAAACUUCUGCCAGAGUUUGUUAACCAAUUCUCCUUAGAUCGAGGACAUAGGUGGACCCCUGAGACUCCAGGAGACUUAGCCUGGAAUUUCUUGGUAAAAGUUCAAGCACUGGAUGUGACAGCCAGAGAUUCAUUCCUCAGGCACAGGAUUCUGGAUGAAGACAAUAAAGAGGGAUCACUGAAUGGAGUGGAGAAGUUGGAAACUCAAGAUGUACAAAUCAUCAAUCCCCUUGAUGUCAUUUGCGCCUCCAUGCUGUGUGCAGAUAGCUCUUUGCAACGUGAAGUCAUGUCAAACAUGUAUCAGUGCCAGUUUGCUCUUCCCCUGCUACUACCAGAUGCAGAAAACAACAAAAGCAUCUUAAUGCUGGCGGCCAUGAAGGACAUUGUGAAGAAUCAGUCAACACAGUCCUCAGGAGGGCCUGUAGGGGAUACUGAAAAGUUUCUGACUCACAUGAAGUUGCCUGUCAUCUCCUUUGUGCGUUUGGGACACUGUAGCUUCUCGAAGUCCAGGAUCCUCAACACAUUGCUCAGCCCUGCCCAACUGGAACCACAUAAAAUAUUUCUCCAUCAGGAUUUGCCUAUUUCAGUGCUUCCCCGGCAAAUCUCUGAUGGCCUGGUUGAAAUAACAUGGUGCUUUUCUGGUAAUGUUGAUCUAAAGGAAACCUCUAAUGUUUUCCAAAAGCCUGUUGCUGUGGCCAACCUUCGUGGAGAUCUAGAAAGCUUUUGGACACAAUUUGGUUUCUUGUUAGAAAUUUCCUCAGCCAUGUUUUUUUUCACUGACUGCCUAGGUGAGAAAGAAUGGAAUUUGCUAAUGUUUUUAGGAGACGCGGCCAUUAAAAGAUGUUACUUUAUUCUCAGUCCUCAAGCCAAGGAGAAUGAAGAAGCCCAGGUUUUCCAGAGGAUCCUGAAAUUGAAACCAUCACAGCUACUGUUUUGGGAGGGGGAGGAAGGUGGGGAUAGGAGGAAGAGCAUGAAGGGCCUUCAAGCUGCCCUCCAGGAAGUGAUGUCCUCUUCACUCAGGUCUGUAUCUGUGGAGGACAUGGCCUCCCUGGCCAGGGAGUUGGGAAUUCAGGUAGACCAAGACUUUGAGAAUAGUCAAGGAAUUCACGUUUCUCCCAGUGAAAAUGUGGCUGGAAUAACUGAAGGUUAUGAUCAACAAAUUCUUAGCCAGCAAAAAAGCUUAUCUGAAAGCCAAACUAAGAUGCCUGUUAGCAAGCCUGGAGCUAGAUACGAAGUCAGCCAGAAUUGUCAGAAUUUUCACCACACCCCAGUAUUCAUGCCUCGUGGAGGAAACUCCCAGCCCUUAUCAAGCAGAACUGGAGGUAACUCUAAUCAUGUUUCCUUAAAAGCUCCCUUGAUUAGGGGCUCCCUCCUUGGGUCAGAGCAGAGAUUUAAGUGGUUCUGUCCUUUGCCCUUUCAUUAUACAAGGGCUCAUGGCCAAGGUACAAGUUUUGGCACUCAAUGCCUCCAAUCCCAGAUGUUUUAUUCAGGUGCAAGAUUCAUGGACUUUUCAAGAAGUGCUCGAGGACAUCCCACCAAUGGAAUACUUGGGAGCCCACCGAUUCCCAUUUUUCAGUCUGUGGGGGCCUAUCCUGGGAGAACACAAACAGUGGGAGCUGGGGCAGUUGUCUCCCAGGUGAGCCAUUCCAAUUCCCUAGGUUUACAGCCUGCAGGAGCUGUAAGGAAACCACAGCCUGGGCCAGCCUGGGCCCAAGGAACACAGCUGACUAAAGCAACUGAAACACUUAUGAGAACAACUUCUUCUAUUAAAGAGCCUCAGUUCUUCGAAACAACAGGAACCAUGCAAAAAUCGGUAAAACCUGCUCCUCUGCAAGGUGCCCAGCUAAAGACAGAAGGACAACCUUCAAAUCCCACUUUCCAAACAAGAUCCCAUUCUAUCUCUGAGAACAAACUUUUACCCAGCUCUCAGUUCAAAUCCAAUCAGUCCAAGCCAUCCCAAGUUCAGCAUUUCCAGUCUAAACCUUCUCAACCUGUGUCAUCUAAAACUAAUCCUCAGGCAAAACCCCCUCAGCUCCAACCCUUCCAAGCUGUACCUGCUCUACCCAAACCCACCCAACUCAUGCCACAUCAUCCCCAGCCCUCUCAAAAUAAGCCUUCCCAGCCAAGAUUCCCCAGACUCCCUCAACCUAACUUAUCCCAGACCAGUUCUUCAAAGGGCAAGGCAAGUCACUCAAGAGGAAGGCCCAAGAGGGUUGGGAAGCACUAAAGUGCUUAGUCCAGAGAUCCCUGAAACAUGUUCUUCAUGUGGGCCACUCCCAUCACAGAGAAAUCCCAGGAGAGGUUCCUGUCCUUAGCCUGACACAGAAAAAAGGCAUGCAAGGCCCACAUUGAUAUCAUUAACAUAUUCAUGACAGUUGGAUCCCUAGCCAAGAGAAAAAAAUAAUUAAGGAUAGGACUAAAUAAUAAAUUAAUUGAAUCCAGUCUUGAGUAUUAGCUAAUGUUUAACUUGAAUGCAGGAAUUGAAGACUGUGAGACAGCCCUACUUGAAGAAAAAUGGAAUUGGGGGGUCUCUAAUUGCAGGGUGACUAUAAAAGAGGCCUCAUAUGGUCUCAGUGUUGCAAGAAAAACUACCUUAGAUGUUUGCUAUUCUAGAGGUACCCUGGUCAGAAUCUCAGCCAAUGGGCAGAUAACCCUGCUUAUUUUGGGAUGAUUAAAUCAAUUUGCCCUAAUAAAACAGCUUGCCCUAAUAUAACACUUGGAAAAUAAAAUUUUCUCCUUUGAUCCUUCCAAAUAGAAAUAAUAAUCUAACAGCCAACAAAAUAAAUUAUUUUGCCUUGACUUUAGAAAUGACCUGUGUAUUUCAAAUUUUAAAUAUUCAUAAUAGUUAAGAGAGUUUGGCUUAUUAGAAAAUCUGGUAUAUUAUGUUAACCUGAUGAUUUCAAUUUAAAACAUAUUUUUAGUUUUUAUCUUAGGGUUGUGAUUUUGAGUUGAAAAGAUUGAGAUAAAUUUCCAAAGUUUGUAAAAAGGUAUUGAAUGUUUCAUAUAAUGUAAGAUACACAAAAUUUAUGAUUUUAUCAGGUUUGUAUUCUAGACACUUGGAUAAGUUCUGCUAAUUAGAAGCCUAAGUAAAAAGAAUAUAUUAAAUUUAAAACAUUAAGUAGAGUUUAAUUAACUGAAUUUUAGGAUGACACCAAAUAUUAAUAAAAGACCACUUUAAAAGUAGGUGUUAAUUCAAUCCCAUCAAGGUGGCAUGUACCAAUGCCAUCUUACUAGUCAAAAUGAUCAGUUUAAAUUCAUAAUUGAUCAUAGUGGUAGGAUUAAGAGUCAAAGGGAUCACAUAAACCAGACUAGUGUCUGCUAAUAAUAACUGAUAGAAAUAAAAAGGAGAGAACAAUCCAACAUGGGAAGUGGGAUACACAGCAGAUUCAUAGAAUGGCAGAUGUCCUAAACAGCACUCUGGCCUCAGAAUCAACCCCAAAGGCAUUCGGAUCUGGCUAAAAAGGCCAUGAGAAUUUCACAGGCAUGGAAAGCCAAGACACUGUGGCAAAAAAAAAAAAAAAAAAAAAAAAAAAAACCUAAAUGAAAGAUCUCUGUGAGUGAUAUCCCAGUGGAAAGAACGGGCCAUCAAAGAAGGAGGCACCUUUCUCUGAAGGGAGGAGAGAACUUGCACCUUGACUAUGGCCUUGUCUAAAUAAGAUCGGAGUUUGUGAACUCAAGAGGCUUCAAUAGCCUUGGCAACUCGUGACAAGAGCCUCAGGUGAUUACUGACAUCAUAAAUAAGAGUGUCAAUUGUUAAAUCAAUAACGGGAGUCACUGCACCUACUCCCCAAGUAGGAUCUCAGUCCUUAAUGUGUUGUACUAUGUGAAUUAACGGUAAAGCUACUACUCAAACAGUAUUCUAUACUUUGUGUGUCUGU